UUACCAUAAGUAUAAUCGAUCCACGAUUUGAAUAUAUGCCUUUUCGAAAUUUCGUAGACAAUGCAAUUCUUAGCAAAUCACACAUGGCUUUCCUUGAAAUUACUAAAAUGAUUGUGCCGGUUCAGUGAAAUCGUGCUGGAUCGGGAUAAGGGUAGCACGGUAUGCACGGCACAAAAAAAGUCGCGUGGAUGCAAAAUCUUUGAGUUUUGUUUCAACGUUUAAGAUACGCUGGCAUGGAUGACACGAAAGCGCGGUAACAAUACGGAAAGUAAUGAUUUGAUUUUAUCGAGCGAAAAUGCCGAGCGACGUGUGAUCGAUAAAGCCGAGCGACUAGUCGAUUACUGUAGCGUUACUUCUCGAGCUUUUUCCAAAAGAGACUGAUUUGGAGGCGCCUAGUCGCGCGUAUUUCCGAAAUCUUUCGGGGGGGAUGGACACGAGCAGGAAACUACUUGCACGUCCAGAACGAGCAGUUUUUCAGAGACGAUGACGUUCUAACUGUAGACUCGCUUGUUUAUAUUUGUCAUCGAGAACGAAAUGCGAACGAUCAGAACUCCGAAAAUUGAACUCGGCGUAAGACAUUACGCGCGGUAUUAAAUUAUAUUUAUAAUUCUGAACAGAUUGUGAUUUAAGAAAAUAAAAUAUAUGUAUAUGAGUGCAAACCCAUGCACGUGCAUAUUUUGUAACGAAAAUUGUAUGCAGAAUCACGUGUAUCUUUAUUGUUUUCGAUCUAUCAAACAAACACAUUGAACUCAUCCACUGCUUAUGGUAACAAUAGUUAAGGUCACCAUUCAAUAAGGACCAGUGAUGGGAAAUGAUCAAAUAUUGAUAAUGCUCGUUCAACGAUUAAAUGGUUCGAAUGAAAUCUACACAAUCUUAUAGUAAUUCGUGAAGGAAUAAAGUUUAACACAUAUUUUCUGUCCCCUUACUGCUCUCUGUUAAUAAUACAUUCGGUGUAAUGUUCAUCUUGGGUCACAGCAAAUGUCUAGUUUUUCAUUUAAAGGUAUUGUCCAUCGUGCACCCUGCACUCUCUCACGAUAUUAGCAUUUAUAAGAAAAACAUGAAAUCGAUGACGCGCAACCCUUUACUGGUACAGCAAGGUAAAGCCUAUGAACGUAUCCUAUGCAUUAUGCAGGACUCUAUAUCCAAAUUGGUUAGACUGCCUGUCUCUGUGUAAAAAUAAAUCUGUAAGCACAGUCAGUCAAGAGUUGCUUACGAAGAUGUAAAGAUGGAACGUAAAACUUUGUAUAAGAUCGCGCCAAAUGAAUACAAUAAGGAUUACCAGUCAAACGUGGAAUACGCUAUUAAAUUGAAUCGCUGGUUAUUAAAACCGAUUGGAAUUUGGCCCAUUAGGUCAUCAUCGAAAUUGUCCAAUAUCAUAUCAUUUAUUUACUCAGGUUUAUGUUGCUUUAUAAUGAUUUUUAUGGUGGUUCCGACGUGCAUCGAGAUAUUCACUGGUGAACAGAGUCUUAAAUCAAAGCUAGAAAUUUUUGGACCUACUAAUUUUUGUGCCAUGGCUAUUAUAAAGUAUUGUGUCUUUGCGUUUCGGAGCAGAAAACUUAAAGUUUGUAUAGAUUUCAUUAUUGCCGAUUGGCGUGAAGUUAGUAACAAAGAGGAACGCGUCAUUAUGUUCAGAAAUGUAUAUAUAGCUAGAUCUUUGACAGGAGUUUGUGUUACUUUCAUGUUUGCUGGUGGUAUUUUUUAUAAUAUACUCUUACCUCUGCUCACAUCCAAUUCUCUCUCAAGUGGUAACGUGACCAUUAGAAUGUUGCCAUACCGUGGUAAUUACAUAUUGUUUGAUGCAUAUGUGGGACCGUUUUACCACAUGGUAUACCUCAUGCAUUGUUUGUGCGCCAUAAUCAUGUACUCCGUCACAACUGUUGUGUGCAGUUUAGCUACAAAGUUUGUAAUGCACACGUGUGGACAGUGCCAAAUUGUGAUAUCACUCUUGAAAAAUCUUAUUGACGGCAAUCAAAAUUGUUCAAGAACCUUGGAUGACAGAUUGGCUGUUGUUGUUGUACGACAUCUCCGUGUACUCAGAUUUGCAUCACACGUGGAAAACAUUUUAAAUGAACUAUGCCUUCUGGAAUUUGUGGGUUGUACUAUAAAUUUGUGUCUCCUUGGAUAUUAUUUUAUUACAGAAUUUGAGAAUGCCAAUACACUCGGACUCAUUACUUUCUUUCUCUUACUCGUCUCCUUCACUUUUAAUAUUUUUAUAUUUUGUUAUGUCGGCGAACUGUUAACGGAUCACUGUCAUCAAAUAGGAGAAGCAUCUUACAUGAUCGAUUGGUAUCGUCUAUCAGGGAGGCAAGGACGAUUUUUGAUAAUGAUAAUUGCAAUUGCCAAUCGACCCAUAAAUCUCACAGCUGGUAAAAUGAUACAAUGGUCUCUGAUGUGCUUCACCAACGUAAUAAAAGUGGCAGUAGCAUACCUGAAUAUUAUCCGUAAAAUAACUUCGUGAUUGACGUCCAUGUAAUUACUUGAAAAGAUAUCCAAG